AUGAAAACAGUAAGAAAUGAAAUCUGCAUACUUGUCCAAAGAAGAAAUGAACUAGCUAAAUUAUAAAAGAUUAGCAGCGAGGGCAAAGCUUAUGCUUUACCGUCGAUCUUAGUUGACUAGGAUGUAUGUAGAAAUUGCUAUGUCAAUAAAGUAUGCAGUUUUUACUCAAAAGCUAUGGAAGAUUAACCUGAAAAGUUGCCAACAUUUCAGGCUUACUUAGAUGUUGAGAAGGUUGCAGACUAAUAUAGUUUGACCUAUUUCAAAAAGUGGUAUGAUAUUAUUGCGCUUGAGCAAAGUGCUGUUAAUGUUCACUCAAGCAUGAAUUUAAAUGAUAGAAAAUAAGUAAAGGAUGAGGGACUCAAGAUCACGAAUGUUGAAACAAAAGAUGAAAAUAAUGGUGAGUUUAUAGUCAAUUUGGAAAGACCUUAUUUCAAUGGAGCUAGGUUAAACACAGAGAUAGUUGAAAACUCUUUUGUGAAUCUUCAUACAGUUAAAAGUAUCUCAUUUACCAAGGGUUUGGUCUUAAAAAAGCAUCUCAUAAACAAGAAAAAGACCGGAAGCACACCAGAAGGUUAGGAUUAAGAUGAAGAAGAUGAUGAUGAUAUAAUGGGAGAAUAGGGUAAAACUGAAAAAUAAAAAUAGAAAGAUAAUAUCUACAUUGAACCUCAAGCUUUAGGAGGCAUUGAUUACAAGGAAGUAGAUUGGUGGAUUGAGAUGGAAAGCUUCCAAACGUUUUAAUUUAAUAUUAUGAGGCAUAAUCUUUAAAAUCUUUGUAUCGCUCCAGAAAAUCAAAAGUUCAGAGAUUUAAUAAUAAAGUAGAGAAAACCUGAAUAUAACUCUGAAGAGGAGCAAGAGUAAUUUAAAGCAAUAAAUGAUGAUAUAUUGGAGAAAUUAAAUCCAGAGUAAGUAAAAGCGAUUGUAAAAUCUUUCAAUUGCAUAGAUUACUAAAUGAUUAUUGGCGUUCCAGGAUCAGGCAAACAUGAAGUACUUUCAAGAAUGCUUUUAAUAGCGAAAAGAUAAAAAGUUAAGAUUUUAGUUAUGGCUAUGAACAAUCUUACUAUUGAUAACUUACUGCUUAGACUUCUUGAAUUAUAGAAGUAGUAUGUUAACAUAGAAAAAUCAACUUUUGUCAGAGUUUGUAGCAAUCACUCAUAAAUAAACCCGAAAUUAAAGGACUUUAUUAAUCCUUGCACAUAGUUUGAAUCACAACAAUUACUAUAUGAAUUCAUUGCUGGAAAUGAUAUAUUUUGCGCAAGCACAAUGAGUGUAUUCAACACAUUUUUCUCAUGUAUUAAGUUUGAUUAUUGUAUCCUUGAUGAAGCUAGUCUAAUAACAGAGCCAUUGUCUAUUGGACCCAUUAUAAUGGCUGAUAAAUUUAUUAUGAUAGGGGAUUACUAUUUAUUAAAUCCUAUAGUGAAAAACGUUGAGGCAGAAAAGAAAGGCAUGAGUAUUAGUCUGUUUAGAAAGUUAAGCGAAAAGCAUCCAAUGGAUGUUGUUAUUUUGAAGAAAUAAUAUAGAAUGGCUAAUGAUAUAUGCUCAUUAAUAAAUGCUAUCGCAUAUAAGGGUUUAAUAAAGCAUGGUAUUGCCGUGGCUUAAGGAAUUAAAAAUCCCAGAAAGAAAGGUUGUGUUCAUAAACACUGA